UGUGUGUGUGUGUGGACUGGCAGAAGUUACUUCCUGGUGUUGAACUGCGGCCGGAUUUCAGAUAAAAGACGCAGCGCAGCAGCACGACAGCUCAUGUGCCAGUGUGUGUAUGUAUGUAAGCGUGUGAAUGUACAGGUGAUGUAGGUGGGUGUGGCGGGCGUGGCGUGUGUGUGUGUUGGGCGUGGUUAGAGCUCCGAGAUGAGUUGGGAAGCCAUAUUGGAGGAGACGAUGAUCAAGCGUUCGCAGCAGAAGAAGAGAACGUCACCGCUCAACUACAAGGAGCGAGUGUUCGUCCUCACCAGGAGCAAACUGUCUUACUAUGAAGAACGAGCCGAGAAGAGGUUUAAGAAAGGUUCUGUUGAACUGCAGCGAGUGAAGUGUGUGGAGAUCGUGAAGAAUGGAGGUGUGAUCAUACCCUGCCAAAAUAAAUACCCCUUCCAGGUGGUGUAUGAUACGAGCACUCUGUAUAUUUUUGCUCCCAGUAAUGAGAGCAGGUGUGUUUGGGUUCAGAACAUGAAGGAAGAGAUCAGGAAUAACCCUCAGAUCAUGGAGAAGUUUCACCCUCAGUUCUGGCAGGGCGAGUGGUUGUGCUGUGGGCAGGAGGAUAAACUCGCCCCCGGCUGUGAGGAGUAUAAUCUCUACGGAGACAUUUCACGAAAACCACUUCCACCUCUUCCAGAAAACGAGUCUAAAUCUCGACGCCCCCUGCCACUGCCACCGGCCAAACAGGAAACGGUGGAGGAGAGGGAGGAAGUGGUCAUCGCGCUGUACGACUUUGAGGGGACGGAGAGUCAGGACCUGCCGCUGAGGCGGGGCGAGGAGUACGUCAUCACCGAAAAGUGUGACGUCAACUGGCACCGGGCGCGAGACAAAAACGGUAAGGAAGGCUACAUUCCCAGCAACUACGUGACCCCAAAGCAAGACGACAAUCUGGAACAAUACGUCUGGUACAGCAAGAAUGUGAAUCGAAACAAAGCAGAAGAGCAGCUACAGAAAGAGGGGAAGGAGGGAGGGUUCAUGGUUCGAAACUCCAGUUCUGGUGCCUACACUGUUUCCAUCUACACAAAAUCACUGGGGGACAUGGGACCGGCCAUUCGACAUUAUCACAUCAAAGAAACCGACGGCUCACCGAAACAGUUUUAUCUGGCCGAGAAACAUCAGUUCAGCAACAUCCCGGAUCUCAUCGAGUACCACACACACAACGCUGGAGGUUUGAUUACCAGGUUGCGUUAUCCUGUGGGUAGCGGGAGCGGAGCAGCACCAACGACAGCAGGAUUCAGCUACGAUAAGUGGGAGAUUGACCCGUGUGAGCUGACCUUUAUGAAGGAACUGGGCAGUGGGCAGUUCGGGGUGGUACGACUGGGUAAAUGGAGAGCGCAGCAUAAAGUGGCCAUUAAAGCCAUCAGAGAGGGAGCCAUGAGUGAAGAGGAUUUUAUAGAGGAGGCGAAAGUCAUGAUGAGCCUGUCGCACCCGCGGCUGGUGCAGCUGUACGGCGUGUGUACCCAGCAGAAGCCCAUCUACCUGGUGACGGAGUUCAUGGAGCUGGGCUGCCUGCUGAACUACGUGCGCCAACGUCGAGGCUCCUUCAGUCCUCAGAACCUGCUGAGUGUCUGUCAGGACGUCAGUCAGGGGAUGCAGUACCUGGAGCACAUGCACUUCAUCCACAGAGACCUGGCGGCGCGGAACUGCCUGGUGAACGAAUCCAACGUGGUGAAGGUGUCGGACUUCGGCAUGGCCAGGUACGUGCUGGACGAUCAGUACACCAGUUCAGCAGGAGCCAAGUUCCCGGUGAAGUGGUCUCCACCCGAGGUCUUCAACUUCUGCAGAUACAGCAGCAAGUCCGACGUCUGGUCCUUCGGUGUGCUGAUGUGGGAGGUCUUCACCGAGGGGAAGAUGCCGUUUGAGAACAGUUCCAACCAUGAGGUGGUGAACAUGGUCAUGCAGGAUCAGCGGCUCUUCCGACCCAAAAAAGCUCCGCCCCAAAUCUACCAGAUCAUGGAGCUCUGCUGGAGGGAGAGGCCGGAGGAACGACCGUCGUUCGCUCAGAUCUCACAGAUGAUCACAGACGAGCUGGAAACUGACAACCAGUCCUCGUGAUGUGGGACCGGACAGACGCAUCAGACCUCGAAUUAUCAGACAGACUCUUAACUAUACUGUGACUGGAACAUUACGGAGAGGAUUAGGAGGGAUCUGGAGGGAUCAGCAGGGAUCUGGAGGGUUCUGGAGAGGAUCUGGAGGGAUCUGGAGGGAUCAGGAGGGAUCUGGAGAGGAUCAGGAGAGGAUCAGCAGGGAUCUGGAGGGUUCUGGAGAGGAUCUGGAGGGAUCAGGAGGGAUCUGGAGGGAUCAGGAGGGAUCUGCAGGGUUCUGGAAAGGAUCUGGAGGGAUCUGGAGGGAUUUGGAGGGAUCAGGAGGAAUCUGGAGGGAUUUGGAGGGUUCUGGAGGGAUUUGGAGGGAUCUGGAGGGAUUUGGAGGGUUCUGGAGGGAUCUGGAGGGUUCUGGAGGGAUCAGAUGAUGGUGCUGGUGUAGAGGAAUAAAAAUGAUGUUUGUUUACUCCACAUGUUCUGCUGCACUCUGUAAUUACAGCUGAUUAAUAAAGUUG